CUUCCUCCUCCAGUUUUGGGAUGGUGGAGAGAGGAGGUUUUUGCAGAGAGAGAGUUCCACCAUGGAAGUGCCCAGCCGGGCAGGGGAGCAAGCAGAAAAAGACCCCCACCCCAUGCAGUCUGGAUGCAGGGGGAGAUGCUGGGAAGGGACUGCGCAGAAGAUCCUGGAUGAGGCGGAUACCAGCUCAAACCUUUGGCGCCAGCAGUUCCGGGAAUUUUGCUACCAGGAGGCCAAAGGGCCCCGCGAGGUCUUCAGCCAACUCCACAACCUUUGCCGCCAGUGGCUGAAGCCAGAAAGGCUCACCAAGGCUCAGAUCCUGGACCUGGUGGUCCUGGAGCAGUUCCUAGCUGUCCUCCCCCUGGAGAUGGAGAGCUGGGUCAGGGAGUGCGGAGCCGAGACCAGCUCCCAGGCGGUGGCUCUGGCAGAAGGCUUCCUCCUGAGCCAGGAGGAGGGGAAGAAGCAGGGAGAGAAGAAGCAGGUGCAAGGCCCACUCCUGGGGGUCGCUGCUGGUUCCUCAGAGUUGGAGAACGCCCCAUCCAAUCCCUGUCAGAAACUGCUCUCCGUUGGCGUGGCCCAGGAGAUUCGAAGUCGGGGCAUUUCGCUGGAGAACGAGGUGACGUCACCAAGGCUCUUUGAAACAUCUCUUUGCGGUGGGUCGGAAGCGGCUGCUGGAUUGCCUGCUCAGGAUCCAGCCGUGGUGACCUUCGAGGAAGUGGCUGUCUAUUUCACCAACGAAGAGUGGGCGCUGCUGGGGGCCGGGCAGAAAGCCCUCCACAGGGAAGUCAUGCUGGAGAACUCCAGGAGUGUGGCCUCUCUUGCAGGUGAUGGGUGGGACAGUCAGAAAGAUGAUGGACCAUGCCUGUUGCCAUCAUUGGAGAGGAACAAGUUUCAAGAGAUGGGAGAGAACAUCGGAAAUAAAGAGGAACCAAGACAGCAGGAGGGAAACCCAACAGAGAUGGGGAAGAAGACAUCCUGGCUGGAGGGUGACUUCUGCGAAAUCCUAGUUCAACCAAAAGGAAAGGAAAGGAACGUCUGCCUGGUGUGUGGGAAAAUCUUCAGCCAGAAAUCGGACCUUACUGCUCACAGGAGAACCCACACGGGAGAGAAGCCCUACAAAUGCCUGGAGUGCGGGAAGAGCUUUAACAGGAGCUCAAACCUUACUUCCCAUCAGAGAAUCCACACGGGAGAGAAACCCUAUAAAUGCCUGGACUGCGGGAAGAGUUUCAGGGAGAGCGCAAACUUCACUUCCCAUCAGAGAAUCCACACAGGGGAAAGGCCUUAUCAGUGUUUGGAGUGUGGGAAGAGUUUCAACAGGAGCACGAACCUCACUUCCCACCUGAGAAAACACACCGGGGAGAAACCAUAUAACUGCUCGAUAUGCAGUCGGAGCUUUUGCGAUAAAUCCGUCUUCAAUCUCCACCAGUUGAUUCACUCGAGGGAUAAGCCACACAAAUGUUUGGCAUGUGGCAAGAGCUUCAUUCGACGGUCGCAACUUACUUCCCACGAAGGAAUCCACACGGGGGAGAAACCGUAUGAAUGCUCCGUCUGCGGAAAGAGUUUUCAUCGAAGUUCCAAUCUUACUUCACAUCAGAGAAUCCACGCCGGGGAGAGGCCCUAUAACUGCGCCGAAUGUAGCAAGAGAUUUUACGACAAAUCACACCUCCUUAUACACCAAAGAAUGCACACCGGGGAGAAACCCUACAGCUGCCUGGAGUGCGGGAAAGAUUUCAGGCACCAUACGAACCUUGCUUCUCAUCAGAGGACCCAUACGGGAGAGAAACCCCACAGCUGCCCGGAGUGCAGCAAGAGCUUUUACGAUAAGCACCACCUUCUCAUACACCAGAGAAUCCACACCGGCGAAAAGCCGUAUCGGUGCUUGGAGUGCGGAAAGAGCUUCAGCCAAAGCUCGAGCCUGAGCUCCCACUUCAGAACCCACACAGGGGAAAAACCGUAUACAUGUAAGGAGUGCGGAAAAGGCUUUAGCAAUAGCGGGAACCUUAAAAAACACAUGCUCCUUCACACAGGAGAGAAACCAUAUAAGUGUAUGGAGUGUGGAAAGAGUUUUACUCAGAGUGGUAGCCUGACGAUACACUACCGAACUCACACGGGGGAAAAGCCCUAUCAGUGCGCCGAGUGUGGAAAGUGCUUCAGAGUGAGUUCGAAGCUGACGUCGCACUACAGAACUCACAUGGGGGAGCCAUAUAAAUGUGCGGACUGCGGGAAGAGCUUCAGCACAAAAGCAAACCUUUGUAAACAUCAGAGAAUCCACACGGGGGAGAAGCCGUAUAAAUGCACCGACUGUGGGAAGAGCUUCAGCAAUAAAGGAAACCUUUGUAAACAUCAGAGAAUCCACACAGGAGAGAAGCCAUAUAUAUGUGCAGAAUGCGGGAAGGACUUCAGUGACAGCACGAGCCUUACUUUCCAUAAAAGAAUCCACUCAGGGGAGAAGCCGUUCAAAUGUGUGGAGUGUGGGAAGAGCUUCAGGAUGAGCUCUGGCCUUACCGCUCAUCAGAGAACUCACACCGGAGAGAAACCGUAUGCGUGUGUGGAAUGUGGAAAGAGCUUCCGUGAGAGACCAAGCCUCGCCUACCACAGAAGGACUCACACAGGAGAGAAGCCACAUAAAUGUGCCGAGUGUGGAAAGACAUUUGCCGAAAGGUCAAGCCUGACUUUACACCAGAGGAUCCACACAGGGGAGAAGCCGUACCCUUGUGAGGAGUGCGGAAAGAGCUUCCGGACCAAAGGAAACCUUUGUCAACAUCAGAGAACGCACAUAGCGGAGAAGUCCUAUAAGUGUCGGAAGUGCGGAGAGGCCUUCAACGACAGCGCGAGCCUCGCUUUUCACAAAAGCGUUCACUCGGGGGAGAAGCCGUUUCAGUGCGUCGAGUGCGGAAAGAGCUUCCGGGGCCACUCGAGACUUCUCUCCCAUCAGAGAAUCCACACAGGGGAGAAACCAUAUCCGUGUGUGGAGUGCGGGAAGAGCUUCCGUUGGCUUGAGGUUCUCACUGCUCACAAAAGAACCCACACGGGAGAGAAGCCGUAUAAAUGCAUGGGAUGUGGAGAGAGCUUCAGAAACAGAGGAAGCCUUUAUAAGCAUGAAGGCAUCCACAGGAGGGAGAAACCACACACGCCACCCUUCCCUGGUGCAAAUGUGGAUGCCACUGUGCCUGCAGGCAAUGUGCACCGUUUAUAUUCUUGUUUUCCCUUGAAAUUUCUAGGAGGGUUGGGAAUCCGCCAGUGGCUGAGCCAUUGGAAGCUGGGGGAGGGGGCGGCACAGAAGACAAGGGGCGGAGGGGGUCCCUCUGCAGAAAAGCCUGUGCCCCAAACUCCCCUACAUGGCAGGAAGAAUUCUUGACUGCCGGUUUCGCCUGGGGCAGCCUUAAACUUGUCCCCAUAUUCUGUGGCAUCCCGCCUGGAUCUGCUGUUUCCAUGGGCCCAAGGAGUUGAAAGCAAUUAUUAUUAUCAUGAUUGCAGUUAUUGAAGGAUUGGAAGGGACCCCCAAGGGCCAUAUAGUCCAACCCUCUGCAAUGCAAGAAUCACAGCUAAAGAUUCCCUGGCAGAUGGCCAUCCAACUUUCAUUUAAAAACCUUGAAUGAAGGGCAGCCAAGGGAGCUUGUUCCCCUGUUGAAUGAUUCUUGCCAUCAGAAAGUUAUUCCUAAUGUUUAGUUGGAAUCUCCUUUCUGGCAGGGUGGAUAAAAAUCAAUGAUUUUUAAAAAAUCAAAAUCAGAUUUUUAAAAAAUUUAAAUUGGAUUUUUAAAAUAAAAUGCUUUGGGACAAAAGAAUCUUUAAAUCAAAUCCACCCUGCAGUCUGGUAAUUUGAAUCCAUUGGUUCAAUGUGGAAAGGAUGUUUUUAAACUGGGGUUGUGUGACCAUGUGCCAGGGAUUAUUUAGCUGUGAUUCCUGCAUUGCAGGACGGUUGGACUAGGUGACUCUUAGGGUCCCAUUCCCGGCCCCCAAAGAGGGGGAUGAAUGGGCAACCUUUUCUGGAAUAUAUUUGUACUUUGAGGAGAUAAGUGAUCUAACUUGGCCAUCUCUUCCUGCCUCUGUUUACUUCCCUUCUCUAUCUCUUCUUAAAGUUCUUUGAUGGCUGAGAGCAGCCUUUAUUGCAGGGGUAGGCGACCUAAGGCCCGGGGGCCAGAUGUGGCCCAAUCGCCUUCUAAAUCCAGCCCAUGGACGGCCUGGGAAUCAGCGUGUUUUUACAUGAGUAGAAUGUGUCCUUUUAUUUAAAAUGCAUCUCUGGGUUAUUUGUGGGGCCUGCCUGGUGAUUUUUCAUGAGUAGAAUGUGUCCUUUUAUUUAAAAUGCAUCUCUGGGUUAUUUGUGGGGCAUAGGAAUUCGUUCAUAUAUUUGUUCAAAAUAUAGUCCGGCCCACCACAUGGUCUGAGGGACUGAAAAAAGUUGCUGACCCCUGCUUUAAUGUAUAAUCUGGUUGAAGGAAGAAGUGAUAAUGCAGGGUAUGGAGGGGGCUAGCCAGAGAAUAUAUCUGCCAUAGGCAGUUGGGCAAUCCAUACUGGCUAGCUAUCAAUAAAUCAGAUGGUUUUGAGGACGCUCGUGUACGGACUCAUAGCCAGAAGCUUGUGCAACCUGAGACCACCUGGGGAGGUCACUUUGCCACUUCUUGAGGGCUUCCCAGUGGCAGAUCGGAGUGCUUGCUUGGUAAUGUAUAUAAUGCUUGCUGUUUAGAAUAAAAUCUUUAAUCUUCUCACUCACUUGUGUUUGUAUUGCUUCUGAAUCUCAUUAAAAGAACCACCUGCAUUUGUCAACAACAACAACAACUUAUUUAUUCCCCGCCCAACAACAACAACAACAACUUAUUUAUUCCCCGCCCAUCUGGCCAGGUUUCUCCAGCCACUCUGGGUGGCUCCCAACCGAAUAUUAAAAACAAAAUACAGCAUUAAACAUUAAAAACUUCCCUAAACAGGGCUGCCUUCAGAUGUCUCUUAAAAGUAAGAUAGUUGUUUAUUGCCUUGACAUCUGAUGGGAGGGCGUUCCACAGGGCGGGUGCCAACACCGAGAAGGCCCUCUGCCUGGUUCCCUGCAACCUCACUUCUUGCAGGGAAGGAACCGCCAGAAGGCCCUCGGCACUGGACCUUAGUGUCUGGGCUGAAUGAUGGGGUGGAGAAGCUCCUUCAGGUAUACUUGGCUGAGGCCGUUUAGGGCUUUAAAGGCUCAACCUGGGCAGCCUGGCCAUUCUUUUGUGAUGGUAAAUACUCUAGUUCCUGAAUCUCUUACAUAUAUUGAUAGUUUGCUCAGCUUAACAGAUACUGUACUUGCCAGACCGUUUUUUGCAAAGGGAGGUGUAAGCCCCUGCAGUCCAAAGACAAACUGGAAAGCUUUUCCCAUUUCCUUCCUCCUUGCAAAGAAAUAUUUGAUGUCAAUUUGGGAGAGUCAAAACAGCUUCAGGAUUGUUCUCCCGUACUGUUUCAGACACUAUACUAGAAUCGUAGAGUUGGAAGAGACCACAAGGGCCAUCCAGUCCAACCCCCUGCCAAGCAGGAAACACAAUCAAAGCAUUCUUGACAUAUGCCUGUCAAGCCUCUGCUUAAAGACCUCCAAAGAAGGAGACUCCACCACACUCCUUGGUAGCAAAUUC